GCCCCUCCCGUCAGAGCACUCUGCAGGCCCGGCGGAGGGACAAUGGCGCUGCUCCCCUCGCGCAGCCCGCGGGUGCUGCUGCCGCCCCCGGCCCGCAGGGGGCGCUCCAAGGUCCGAGGGGGCGCCCAGCCCGCCGUCAGUUGCAGCAGACUUCGACAAAUUCAAAACAUUCUGACGGAGAGCAGCAAGUCCCAGCCAGAUGGCAUCCUCUGCAUUUUGGGAAUUGAUAGUCGGUACAAUGAAGGAUGCCGGGAACUCGCCAACUAUCUCCUCUUCGGCUUGUACAGCCAGAACAACAAUGAGUUUGAGAGAUCAGGAUUCCCUGAAGAAGUCCUCGAUGAUGUGAUCCUGCUGGUUAAGCCAGACAGCGUCCAUCUCUACUGCAACCCUGUCAACUACAAUUACCUUUUGCCCUACGUGGCGUUUUGGAGAAAUCUGCAUUUCCACUGCCUGACGGAAACCGAGUAUGAAGAUGAAGAGUCGGCUGAAGAAUUUAAAAUUUCCAGCUUUGUGGAUAUGGUUCGAGAUUGCAGCCGGAUCGGCAUUCCCUUCAGCUCCCAAGGCCACCUGCAGAUCUUCGACAUGUUUGUGGUGGAAAAAUGGCCCAUCGUGCAAGCCUUUGCCCUGGAAGGCAUCGGCGGAGAUGGCUUCUUCACCAUGAAAUACGAGCUGAUGGACGUCAGUCUGGAUCUCUGGAAGGCCUACAGCAAAGUGGAUCCCAUGUCUUUGGAGAGCUUACUGGACGAGGAUUUGAUGACUUUUGAACAUCAAUGGACCAACCUCUUUGCCAAUUUUGACACUGAAAUCCCUUUCAUGCUGGAACUCUCAGAAUCUCAGACUGGAGAGCCAUUCCGAAGUUACUUCAGCCACGGGUUGAUUUCAAGUCAUAUAACAGAUAACAGCCCCAGCAGGCAACCAUUUGCGCUCUUCGGCACCCACUCGUCCAGAGAAAAUCUGAAUUCAGGCAAUUUCAGCUUCCCCUCGGAAGGGCACCUGCUUCGCAACACGGGCCUGGCUGGCAGCGUCGCCAAGCACAUGGUGGUCCAGUGUGUCUCCCCCAAGGGACCCCUGGCUUGUUCCCGGACCUAUUUCUUUGGCACCACUCACACUCCUUACCUGGGGAAUGGCGAUGGAUUGGAAAAGAAAACAGAAGAAGUUAAACUCUUGUCUCAGAUCUAUUUUGCUGUGGUGGAAGCUGUCCUGGCUGGCAUAGACACCUUCUCAAAAACCUCCCAUGUUACAAAGGCGAAAGAAACAGCAGAGAAAGUGUUUUUCAAUACGCUUGACGCUCUUCAACUCUCAUGCUUUAAAACUCCGCUAAGCACCAAGAUUGAUUUCUGGAUGCAAGCUGUGAACAACCAAGGGAGAAUUAUUCCAGUGGAGAACAAGGACAGCCUCUACUUAGUUAAAACGGUGACCAUGGCGGUGUACGACAUCCCUGACCUGCUGGCCGGAAGAGGCUGCCUGGGCUCCGUGGUCUUCUCAGAGUCCUUCCUGACCUCCCAGAUUCUUGUCAAAGAAAAAGAUGGCAGCAUCAGCACAGAGACCAGUUACCUCAUCCUCACAGCGGCCAUCCCAAGAUCGGCCUCUUGGCUGGUGGAAGAGAAUGAAGUGAAACUCUCCGAACGGGCGCAGCAACUCCUGAAGAAAGAAGAUUCUUUCCUGGGAACCCUCCUGACGGGAGGCGAUGGAGCGUAUAUUGUCGCUAGCAAUUCACUCUGCAGACCGGAGGAAGGAAAGCUUUAUUUCUUUUCCGAGGGCUUAUUGUUCCAUCACCCCCACUACGGGAGCAUAACCAUCCCCAAGGCGCACAUGGUGUCCAUCCAGUUCUAUGACGGGGAUUCCACCAGUGUGGUUGCUGCACUUUUUGUACAACACAAGCCUUCUCUGCUUCCUCAUCUGCCAGUCCAGCUCCACACCCCAAACAACCUCCUGAUGAUUGCAGUUUUCCCAAAGUCGGCCCUUUAUAAAGCUUUCUAUUCCCAGGUCUUUUCCGCCUGGCAACAGCAGGGAAAUACGGGAGUCACGUUGAAAAUGAUCCAGGACGAUUCUCUGUCUGCAGAACAGGAAAGAUUACAUUCCAACAUGCAGAAGCUUGAGGUCUUAUCCUAUCCUGCUGGAGAACGAUGGAACCAAGUGAGACUCCUUACCAGCCUCCCAGAUCUGGCCAGUUUUCUACAGCACUUUACUAUCAGUAGCGUCAGCCAAGAACCAGUGAUGAGGUUGCAUCUGCCGGUGCUUCUGCAGCAGACUGAGGACAUUCCUAAUAAUGAGAAGGAGAAUGAUAAGGUGGUCAUUACUAUCUUGACGGGUCUUCCUGGAUGCCAAUCAAGUGAAUUAUGCUCAUUCUUGGUCACGUUUAACAAAGAAUAUGGAAGGUGGCUUGUUUAUCGCCAAACCAUGGACAGUCCUGAAUGCUUCAGCGCUGCCCACUUCCAGAAGUACCUCUCCGGGGUCCUUGAAUCUCAGCACAGCCGAAGCAGCCGGCCUUCUGCUUAUCACCGGAAGAAAAUGAGGCUCCUGGUGGUCCUUCAAGGAUACACUGACGUGAUUGACGUUGUCCAGGCCCUUCAGACUCACCCGGACGCAGACGUGAAGGCCUCCUUUGUGAUUGGCGCAGUCACAACAUGUGUCGAGCCCUUCAGCUCUUACAUGGAACACAGGUUUCUCUUCCCCAAGUUUCUGGACCAGUGUUCGCAAGGUUUAGUGAGUAAUGUGGUGUUUACAAGCCACACAACCGAGCAGAGAAGCCCGCUCCUUGUCCAGCUGCAAAAGCUCAUCCGAGCUGCCAACUCUUCGGUUUCUUUUAUCCUGGCAGAAAACGGCAUCGUAACUCGGAAUGAGGACAUCGAGCUAAUUCUCUCAGAAAACAGCUUCUGCGAGCCCCAGAUGUUGGCAACUCGCUACUUAAUGUACCCCGGAUGGUUUGAUGGGAAAUUUAGAGCCGGUUCUGUCUUCCCCCCCAUGGUCCAAAUUUGUGUGUGGUUUAACCGUCCUUUGGAGAAAAUGCGCUUCGCGGCCAAAUGUAAAGCUUUGAAGUCGUCUAACAAAUCGAGUCCGUUCUCUGGGAACAUAUACCACAUUUUUGGCAAAGUCAAGUUUUCAGAUUCUGACCGGAUGGUUGAAGUAUGUCACCAUGCAUCUUCCAACACCUUAAGCCUGGUCCCUGUCCAGGAGGGGCCCCUCCCUUUCCCUCCUGAGUCCAGAACCGAGAACCGGGACUAUUCUGGGUCCCAGGAAUGUUUCCUGGUGUUUGUGGGAUGCUCCCUCAAGGAAGACGACAUCAAGGACUGGCUGAGGCAGACGGCCAAGCAGAAACCACAACGAAAAGCUCUGAAAACUCGGGGCAUGUUGACGUCGCAGGAAAUCAAGACCAUUCACGUGACCCGGCACCUCGAUCCGCUUCCAGCUGGCUAUUUCUACAACGGGACGCAGUUUGUGAAUUUCUUUGGAGACAAGAUGGAUUACCAUCCACUCAUGGACCAGUUCAUGAACGAUUACUUGGAAGAGGCGAACCGAGAGAUUGAAAAGUACAACAGCGAGCUGGACAAACAGGAAUACCACGAUCUCUUCGAGCAGAAGAUCUAAGCCGGGGAUCCACGUGGGGGUACCAAAAAACUCCCCGAGACCCUUCUUCAACAGUCUGAAAAUUAAUUUGCCACCAAGAAAUCAUCUUCUUUCAUCUUGGCUAGCUGUAAAGCUGGUUUGUUUGGGUUUUUUUUUAAAAUUAAGUUGCAUUCACAUUAGCUUGGCAUCUUAAUAACGGUCCCAGGAAUAUUGGUGGGCCGGCGUGAUUUCCAAAUUUGUUGUCGAGUCAUCUAGAGCGCAUUGGUGGAAAAGCAAUGUAGAGGUUUUAUUUUAUUUUAUUUUAUUCAUUUCAAGCGUUUACGGAACUGUCUGCUCCUUCGUUUUGCUUUUCGGACGUUUCCCGAAACGCUUUGGCUUCAGUUUAGUGACCGAGAUAAUCGGGGCCUGUGAUUGUUUGCUAGCCCGGCUUAUUCCUGAGGGGAACGCAUCUGAAAAGGUUAAUUUGGGGGGCCCUAAUCCCCAAAGCGAAAUGUAAAUGAUCUUAAGGGCUGCCCCAAACUGACAUAUCGUGGUUUGAAGAUGUUCUUGAAGCGAGAAAUGGGGGAACGUGCCCGUUUUUAAAGGCCGCUAUGAACCGACAUGGCGGUUUGGUGGUGUUCCCAAAAUGAGAAAUGGGGAGGGGGGGACACAAAUCAUCUUGACGGUGCCUCAGACCAACAUAUCAUGGUUUGAAGACGUUCCUAAAAUGAAAAAUGUGGAAGCACAAAUAAUCUUGACGGUGCCCCAAACCAGCAUGUCAUGGUUUGAAGAUGUUCCUAAAAUGAGAAAUGAGGGGGACAUACUUGUCCUUAGCGACUGCUGCUAACCAGCAUCGUGGUUUUGGGGUGCUCCCAAAGCGAGAAAUGAUAUUGACUGUGCCUCAAACUAACAUAUGAUGGUUUGAUUAUGUUCCCAAAGCGAGAAAUGG